AGCUAAAUACAUACGUACGAAUUAAAUAGAUAAGUAAGACAGAAGCUGCAGGUUAAGUUACAUGCAAUGUUCCAUGAUUUGUCCAGUUAUUUCCCAACCCUCAAUCUGGACGGAAGUGAUUACUACAGAUUUCUCAAGCUUGAAUUUCCAACUGAUACCUGCGAUACACCUGCAAUAUUCCUAUUCAACCCUACCUGGAUUGGGGUACCAAGUCUAACAAAAUGGUGGCCGACCAUCCAACCGACGCCUACAUCUACAACGAUACCUCCUUCAACUCGGAAGUCUUCAAUGUUUCCGAAAACACCGAAUAUCCCUCUAUCGUGCCACCCGGUAUCCCUCUCCCCAUCGGAAUUCGUCAUCAUGCCCCCUUCGGAGAAAACCAGCUUCUCCUUCGUCUCCUCGAUUACGAAGGGAAAACUUUGAAAACCGUCACUUUCUCCUCAUCCCCCGCGUCCACCUGGGUCGUCACGUUUGACGGAGUCGGAUCAAGAUCAUGGGGUGGCAAGAACAACGAGGUGGACCCAUCCGGCCAAUUCUAUCCGUGGGCGAAGGACUACGACUUCCGGAACCAGGUCCAAGAGCUAAAAUAUGCGAUUCGCGUCGAAGACGAGACCCUCCUUAUUCCCGCCGUACCAAAAUCCGCCGCAAUGGAACCCGUUUCCGGAAUGGAUGAUGAUUACAAGUCGUCACUUGACACAUUUUUGGACAUGGCUUUUGGAGAUGAUAAGAAAAUCGCGGACGAAAUCCGGGCCGCAUUUCCCUCGGGGCCCGACCACUUCAAGGAUGCUUUCUCUUCGGAUGAAAAUUUCAAAAAGGCGAUGGGAGCUCUAGUCAAGUUUCCUGGAUUGCUGCAACGUCUCGAGAAACUCCAUAUUAUCAACGUGUUGCUAAUCGUAUUGCGAAAAUGGGGUGACGUUGAUAAGGAAAACUUUCCAAAAUAUGUGGAUAAAUUGGUGGACGACUUUAAAAAGGUUAUCACCCCGGAUUAUACAUCUGAAGAUUUCAUCCACCUCGGGACCUUCGCCGGAAUGCAGACGCCGUUCUGUGACGAUGCCAUAGUCAAAGAAAUCUUGGAAAGGGCCGACUUCCCGAAAAAAUCGGAAACGUGGGAAGUUGGUCUGCAAUUUCUGCAAAAACCGGAAACCUACUUUGUAAAGGACCCCGAUUAUGUGAUCUCCGUUUUCAAUAGCGUUGUUCAAAUGGCCCCGGCGGAAGUCAAGGUGCAAAAAGAUCGCGAAUUUAUGCUCGACAUUCUCAAGUGCUCGAUGCGCAAGGGGAUCGAUGGCGAGAAGCUGGUCAAAUUUGUGAACGCGAUGCUGGACCUUUUCGACGCCAAAAUAUCCGGCGACGCGGCCGUCCCAGAAGACGACGAGUAUAAAAUGGAAGGCUAUCUAAUCACCAAGCUGUCCCUGCCCGCCCUGGAAUUCGGAUUUUAUUCCAAUGCAAAACCCGAAAAUCGGAUUCCACAGAAAAUCAUUGAUUUCAUGAGCCAAAUCAGAGAAGAAUACCUGACCGGAACAUUUCUCUCGUAUUCCUUGGACAUUUUGAAAACCGGGAGUGAAGCCGACACCGAGUAUGCAAAUUCUCUCGCCACCGUUUUCGCCACGGCGAUAAACAACCCAGGAAUUUUUAGCGACAAUAAAGAAUCAUUGCCCGUCUUGGUGGAUGUCCUUUGCAGCAAAAGAUUCCGUUUGGAUGGCACCGUGUACGAGCAUAUUUUGCAAACUUUGCAAUCCGCCGUGGGAUCACUGGGCGUGGGGGCAGAUGAAGCUGAAAAAAUUGGUGCUGCUGUCGAAGCCCUGUUUAAAACGAAGGAUGAUAAAUUUGCGAAUAUCAUGAACCUAAUCAAAACUUUGGGACAAGUUGAAGAAACCAAGAAACGCAGUAAUUUUGUGGAUUCGGAUUCUCAAACGAAAUUCCUGUCCAAGGUUGGCGCAUCUUUUAAAGAAUAUCUCAGCCAAGCGGGAUCUUUGGAAGAGACUAAAGAAAAACCCGCCUAUUUUGCCGCGCUCACUUCCAUCUUAAAACUGGGCUUCGAACUCGGACAGGAUGACACCCUGAAGCUGGUCGGAUUGCUGGAAAAAGAUGGAAAAACACAGUCCGAUCUAUUGUACGUUUUGGAAACGGCGCUUCAUCAAUUGAAGGGGAAAGAUGGGACGGCUAAUGACCCCGCGAAAUGGAUGGAUUUCUUAAACGAUGCCAAACUCGAUGCCACUGGCCGUCUCGCGUCCGCAAUUCUGGUCAACGUCAACCUAACGAUGGAUCAACGGGUGGAAUUCAUCAAGGACAAGGUGUCAACUUGGGACAAGAGUGGACAAGGGAUGAUUCUCAGGUCAAUUUAUGAAUUAGCCGGGGCAGACGGGUUUCCAGGGAGCGGCAUAAGUCCACUCGUUCCUUUGCUCAAAGAGCCCGAAUUGACGGAUUCAAUCUUCCAAGUGAUCAAUGUUUGGGUAAAGAAUGAAAAAACUGGGGACAUUGCAGACCAGGUGAAAGCAACCAUUGGAAUUUUAUCGGAUCCGGAAUAUGGCUGGAUUUUUGAUAACACAAUCUCCCAGUUGUUCGCGUUCCAUGAAAAUUUAAUUAAUCGUGGCACAGAUCCCAAGGAGUCCGGCCUGCUGAAUUGCUGCCUCGACUUUAUCCACCGGGGAUUAGAUUCGGACGGAAACGACGACCCGCCCCGCUACGGAACGAAGCUAUUACUCGCCCUGCAAAAACACGAAGAUUUGUUGGACGACGCCACAAAAUCCGGCCUGGCCGCCUUGCUGAAAUCGCAAAUCAAUUAUAACGGCGAUUCAGAAGUGAAGGAAAGUCUGAUUGAAAUUUGUGUCAAGUACAAAUGGUCGAACAUAACGAUGCCCGAUGUUGCAAAAAUUCUGGACGACGCGCCCUAUAAAAUUGAGAUAAUUAAGGACUUGAUCCCGCUCUACGAAGCAACCCCGAGCGAACCCGUAGCCCAAAGUUUGGCCGACUAUUUAGCCAAAAGCAUCGAAUUUGGCGAAAAUAUCCCCGACGCGGUGCAAAAAUUGCUAUUUUCCACAAAAACGACGGAAGUGGUGGUCACCUUGUUGAAGUUUUUGUCAAACUGUGUCCGAAUCUCGGCCCCUCCUCUCCCCGAUAAGUGGAUCCCGACAAUUCUAGAUUUCAUGGAGAAACGAGAACUCCCAAAAGUUCGGGUCGAACAAGUCGAAAUAAUUGAGAACAUGGCGACAUUACUUUUUCUCCUGGAAGUCAACUACGGCCUGGAUCAAGAAACUUGGACCCGUUGGAAGGCCCUGAUUGAAAAAAGCGGGGGAAACAUGAGGGCUCAAAGAUACGCUAAUUUGACCCAAUUGGCCAUCUCGGAUCGCGUCACUACGCCAGAAGAGAAGAUUGAUGUGAACGACUACGCUAAGUCCUGGGCCGCCGAAUGGGCUAGAUUUGACCCCGUCGGAGUCCAACUUCUCGUCAGAAACAUUGCAGCUAAUAAGGGAUUAAAAUUGGCGACAAAAUUGCAAAUUGUCUGUGUCACGGCCGACAUGGCGUCUGCACCUCGCCCAGAAAAGGAGGAACUAAAAUCUGCGAAAGAAGAACACAACCCACUCGAAACCCAGGGGGCCCUUUACUUUCACGCGAUAUCUUUAAUGGCGGAAAGUGACGAUGACCUCAACAAUGUCGACCAACUCGUCAAAAUCAAAGACAAGUUUAAGACCCACCAGCUCUCCGCUUUAGAAAAUCUUGCAAAAAUGUUGGCAAAAACGUACGUCCUAUCGCAAAAGUGGGAUGAGGCUACCGCCAUUUUUAAGACCGUGAUAACCAAUCAAGAUCCCACAGUUUAUGAUCAUUUAGAAGGUUUGAAAUCAAUCCAAAACAAGGAUCUAAAACCUGCCGAAAAAAUCCAGGAUUUAGCCACGUUAACCAAACUUCAAAUUCCCAUCGCCCCAUUCUGCAGUCGCGUCGGGUUGGACCUUUUCUCCGAACCGGUCUCAAAUUUAGUCACGUUCCUGCAAUCUUUCGAACCUGGCGUCAUAACUGAGAGUGAAAUCGCCACUUCGGAUCCGUGGACUUGGCCGACCAAGCUCCUUCGCGGCUUUAUUCUCUCCAAAAUCACCAAAGACGACACCACCCAUCAAAAGGACACAAUUCUUCAACAAUUUGACCCACUCUGGUCAACCUGGACGCGACUCGUGACCCCUCCCCGGUUCAACACAACACACUUAAGUGAAGACACCCAAAUAUGCAAAAAUCUCCGCGAAACCUUGCAAACCCUAGUUGGAACAACCUGGGACCUCGGCACUGUCAACUUCGUCACAUUUCUCCUCUCCCAAAUCCGACCCAUCCCAGAUUUUACGGCGAAACCCUUGCCCCUCACAUUCCCUCAGGUCAAGACCAACUGGCUGAAAAAUACUCCACCCAACGAAGCAAUAACUGACGAAUCGGCCACCACAUUUUUUGCAAAGGCCAAAGACACCGGAUUUCUGGAUGGGAUGGGAAAAAAUCUGACCGCUUUGUACACCCUGACCUCUUGCGGGGUCAAGGCGGAAGACCUCAUCCCCUUCAUGGAUCAACUUCAGGGGUUGGAAUUAACCUCUAAACUCGACGAGUUAUCUAUCGCCAUUCCAACCGUGAAGGAACAAUCGGGCGACUUUAGUCUAGAAAAAUUAAGCAACUAUUUGCAGAAUUGGUUCCUCGAGACGAAAGCAAGCGUCAUUUUUGAAAUAAGUACCACCCAAAAGUCUAUCGUGGUUGACAUGUUGAAAUCUAUGAAUCAGUUUGAGAACCAGAAGACAAAUGAUUUCGAAAGUUUGCAAGAAAUUUUGGCAAUAAUGCAGAAACGCUUGGACCACGGUGCUGAUUCGGGAGAGGAACUUAUUAAGAAGCAAUUGAUGACUUAUACAACCCUUAUUCAAGCAAUGUACACGUACUCUUUGGAAAUUAAAACAGUCCUGAAAGUCGUGCAGGAUGAAAAGACGGAAAUUAGCAAAUGGUUGUCAGGAUUGUCCAUUGCGCCAAAAAGUGAAGACGUCAAGGAACGAAGUAUCGAUGAGUUGAUGAAACUAUUGGAGGAUUCAAAAUCUGAAGGGCUGGACUUGCCAGAAAUUCGCAAGUUGUACGACUCGAUAAUUGCGAAGGGGGCCGAGUGGAAGGACAAGAAGGAGGACGAUGUGAAAUCAUGGGCCAAAAAGGUGAACAAGGACACGGACAAGGCCGAAGUUAUUGCUGGACUGGUGCAAGCUGUCGCCCUAACGAAGAAAGAUACCAAGCCGAGAAAUGCACAGAUUUUGGCCUUGUUGACUUUGACGCAAAGUUAUGAAAAGGGAAAUGGAAGAUUGGCAAGGGUUGAGACGGGUGAAGGGAAAUCCCUGAUAAUCGCCCUAUUCGCUGCCUACGUCAAACUAACACAGGACCUCAAAGUCGACAUCGUCACACCAUCGUCCAUCCUCGCCGCACGAGAUUCCCAUCUCUUCGCCGACUUUUACACUCUCCUCUCCCUCGACUCCGGCUUCCUCACGACCAUCCCCACCGACAAAUCGUACGAAAAAGACGUCUUAUACGGGGACCCUCAAUCCCUCCAAUCCGACUGCUUACGGGUGGACUUCCACUUUGAGGACGACCUCCGAAAAAAGCGGCCCUUCUCCCUCGUCAUCGUUGACGAAGUGGACUCCAUGCUCAUCGAUCAGGCCGCCAACACCACAAAAUUAGUCGAACCCGUUCCCGGCGUAGAAUUUCUGGCCCCCUUGUUCGCCGCAAUUUGGAGAAUUGUCAACGACACGGGAAACAUGCUAAUACCUAUCAACAACGCUAAAUACUGCCCACAAGAAGUCACCAAAACCGACUGUACCGACUUGGUCAGUGUCCUAUCACAAAUUACAAAAAGGCACGGACCCCCCUCAAUUCUGACUGAAUCUGUCAAAAACUUUGCUGAAAGAAUGGCAGAACUUGAAACAAAGGAUGCCAAAGCUCGAGAGGCCUUAAAAUUAUUAAUCCGCAAUAAACUAAUCCCGGGCGACAUUGGUCCCGCCGACGACCCCACGACGGAUGACACACUCAACAAAAUAAUUCAGAAGAGAUGGAACACCGACGAGAAGACGUCUUUGGUCCAUAUUUGCGGAAAGUUUCUGGGCAGAAAGGUUCAAAUUUGGGGCCUCGAUGCAGAAAAAGGACUCGCCCUAAGCGCCACCUAUCACACCGAUCAGGAACCAAAAGACAUCCCAGAUCACUUCAAAUUCCUCCCGAUUUUUGAAAUGGAAGGCAAACUUGUCCAACUCCUCGAAGCCAGUGGAAACAAUGCGGCGUCGUUUUUAUUUAAUCGAGUCACCGAGAAAAUUAAGGCUCUCGUCGUCUUCAGCGAUGACAAAAACGUGGACAGAGACAGUGACAAGCUCGUUCUACCGCAACAUUUCAAAUCCUUGUACAACUUCAAGUUGCAGCGUUGGAUUAGAUCCGCCAUCACGGCGCGGUAUUACGUCCAUGAGGAUCAAGACUACGUCCUCAAAGUGCUGGAUGGCGAUAAGCACACCCGAAUCGUGCCGGUGGAUUGGCAGAAUACCGGAAUUUUAGAAGAAUCCUCCGUCUGGCCGGAUGGCGUGCAUCAAUUCCUCCAAAUUAAGCAUCUCCUCGCCACGACGCCGGAACAAAUUACGACAAAUUUCCUCAGUAACGUGUCCUACUUUAAGCGAUACGGCAAAAAUGUCUUCGGCCUCACGGGAACGCUUGGAUCCGCGAAGGAAAAGGAGUUAUUGUCCAAAACGUACCAAGUCGGGACCGUAAAUGUUCCAACGUUUCAAGCUAAAAGACACGCACUCUUGAAGAACAUGACCCUAGAAACGAGUGACGAAUGGAUUGAAGCAAUCGUCACUUCCGUCGUGGCCAACGUCCGUCUCCAACGGGCGGUCCUACUGAUUUGCAAAACCAUCGAGGAAGCCGACCACUUCAAAGACACGAUUGAAACCAAAGCAAAGGACACCGGGGAACAAUUCGACAUCCAAAAAUAUACCCGAUUAGACCAAACUGAGGAGACCAAAGUACCCGAAAAUCAAUUAAAGGGAGGCUCCAUCAUCAUCGCGACGAUGUUAGCGGGACGCGGAACGGAUUUUCAAAUUGACGAAAAACUCGCCGAAAAAGGCGGGCUGCACGUCAUCCUCACCUUUUUCCCGAACAAUGUCCGCGUCGAGGAUCAAGCAACUGGUCGCGCUGCCAGAAAAGGACAACCCGGUUCGAGUCAGUUAAUCGUUCUGGCCGAGAAUGAAGACGUUGAUCGUGUUGCGGCCGAUUGGAUAAGUAAAGGGACCGGAAUCUUGACCGAAUCCCGGGAUAAGAACGAAGACUUGACACUGGACAACGUGCAGAAAAACGUGCUUCCAAUGAUCACACGGGAAGACGGACAUUUUCAAAAAUAUUGCACCAUUCGCAAAAAACUUGCCGACGCGGGGGACGACUUUGAUAAGAAGUAUACCCUCGCCUGGCUCGAUGAGCAGUGGGGAAUCGCGCUGGAUAAGGCGAAACCUUUGGAAGAAGGCGAUCCGGGGCAGGAUGUCCUCCAAAAAGAGUUUGACGACAAAAUGGCCUCUCUCGAAAAAGCAGUGGACGACCAAGGGAAAAAUUACAAGGAUGAAAUUGCCAAUCCCCAAACAAAUUUGCUACUCGGGGCUGGAUACGUGCAGAAGGGGGAUGACUCCUCGCUAAAAUCUGGGCAAGGAUAUUUGUCCAAAACGAUAUCGAGUGACGGCCAUUUUGCCGUUAAUGCGAAUUACUAUCAGGCCUAUACCCACAUCAAAUUGGGGGAUUCGGAUUACAAGAAGAACGCCAGUGACGAAUUAGCUCUUGCGCUGGAGGGAAUCAUGAAAAGUAUUGGGGCUCAAAUGGCGAUCCAUGCAUUUGGAAAUGCCAAUAAGGAAGACGAAAUAACGCUUGAUAACGAGGGGAAUAUUAAGCCGAAAGAUAAGCCUAAAGGGGUCAAAGAUCCCGAAUUCACGCAGCAAGUCAAAGGACGCGUUCAUUUACUCCAACUUAUGCUGAAAUCGAUACAAAAUGCCAUGAAGGAAUUGCAAGAUUCUAAAGAAAAGACUGCAAAAUUGAUCCCGGUGGACGAAUAUAUUCGGGCGCAGAAGAAGGAUGACUCCAUUUCUGAGGCGGAAAGGAAGGAAGCCGAGGAGUCCGGACUGAUCGGAUUUAUUGAAGUUGUCAACAAGCCGACGCCCUGGUGGGCCUGGUUCACGGUCGUUUUGGUCUGCUGUCUUGAAGUGGCGGCAGGCGCGGUGCUCGCAGCAUUUACAGGCGGUGCUUUGGGGACGGGUCUCAUCGUCGACGGAAUAAUCGAUUUAGCUUGGGCCAUAAAAGCCGCCAUCAACGGGGACUACGUCAGCCUGCAAGAAUUCUUUAUCAACAAAGCCAUCUCCAUGGUCAUCAUGGUCCUCACGGCCGGCGUGGGUGUCGUAGUUGCAAAAUUCGGAGCACGAAUAGCACAAUUUGCGGCAAAAUGGGGCACCAAAUUUCUACAAACAUCCGUCGGCUCGGUAUUCGAAUCCAUUUUCGAAUUUGGCAAAACCAUGUGGUCUGGACUGAAAGGAUUCGUAACAAAAAUUGGCAAAGCUGGGUACGAACUCUUAAAGACUUUAGGCCGCGGAAUUCGAAGCUUGGGCGCGGGCGCGUUAGGAUUGGUGAAACGCUUGGGAACGAAAAUCAACGAAUUUUGGGAAACGUUUAAAACCACGCGUGCCUGGCAGUUCCUCGUCCGAGUGGGAAACAAGCUGAAAUUACCCGAAGCUUUAAAAUACGUUAUCGACGGAAUCAACAAGGUUAAAGAAUCGCUAGGAAAAUUCGCAACUUGGAUUCAAACGCACAUUUCGGAACCAUUUAUCACUCGUGUCACGCCACAGAGCUUGCGCGCGAGACAGGCCGCAUUUACGUUUAAACUUGUCGCGAAAGAGUUUGCACGUCGCGGCGCGCUGGAAGGGCUCGAUUGGAUACUUAACAGCAAAUUGAUGCCGCUACUAAAAGGUCUGAUUGCCACCGAGUUGAAGAAAUAUGUCAAGGACAGCGUCACCAAAGAGAUCACGAACGGAUCAACGGGUCCAUCCAUGGACAAAUAUUUGGGAAAUUACACCUCAAAACAAAGUUACGAGGACGCCUUUAGAAAAAUGAAGAAUGAAAAAUUAAUCAAAAUCGUGCAAGAUGAGCUGGCCCCACAAAAUCCAAAAGUUGAAGAAUCCAUGAUCUCUGCCCUCCUCUCGUUUGCAGAUGAAGCCGCGGAAAAACUGAAAAGUGAAAAAAUUGCGAAAGGACCCACAGUCAAAUUGGCGAAAAUUAUUGAAAACGGGGCUCAAUUGCUGGUCGACGUGUACCGAACGGUCGGAGUCGUGACGAGCAUUGUGAAAUACACGGGCGAUCUUUUCACCCGGUUUAGAGCCGAGUUGGACAAAAGUAACCUGCCCGACCCGACGGACGCGUCCUACAUUAAAAACGCGGAUGGGAAGAAGGAAUAUGAAAGCGAUAAGGAAAACCUGAUUGAAGAAUUGUCUAACCAAAUAGCCGACCAAAUGGCGGACAUUAUCGUGCAGGGGAUCAUUGUGCCAAAGACGGAACAAAAAAUCACGGAGAUUGUCAGUAACAUGGGAGUUUUCAAGAAUAAUAAGGUGUUGGAGAAAUUAAGCGAGAUUCAGGUGGGGCUCGGUCAUCCGGAAAGAUUUCCACAAGCGUCAAUCUGGGAUAUUUACAAGGGUCUCAAGACGAACCGAGAUGCCGAACAUGCCGCAACCGUGGAAGAAGGCGUUCACCUUUUGUCAUCUUCUCUCUCCGCAAUGUCUGCAAUUUCCGGGCAAUCGAUCGAAGUUUAUGGACAACGUGAUUACGGAACGUUCCCACAUCCUGAUGAAUCUAAAGAACGAGACCACAAAGGACCUACUUUGAGCAUGGUCUGGUCCGCGAAGGCGUGCGGUCUUGGGGAGGAAGAAGAACCCAUCAGAAUCGCCAUGAGUCGACGAGAUUGGGCGUCGCGGUGGCAAUUUGCACCUGUCGUGCGGGGCAGGGAUGGAAUUUUGCGAAUCGUUCCUACACCAAUGAUAGAAGGGGCGAAUUUGAUGGAAUCCGUGGCACUAAUGAGCAAGGGGAAUUAUGAGAUGAACUUGGCCAAUUUGAAAUAUAUCGAGUCUCUGUAUUAAUUUAAUUGGGGGAAAUAUUUAAUUUUUUGUGGAAUGAUCAAUUAGUAAAAAUUAAUUUGCAUUGUAACAAGCCUAAUAAUAAUUAAGUAUAUAAAUGUAAUGAGUUUUGAACGGGAAUCAUGGAUGACAUUUUAAAUGUUUUAUUGUUCCGAGCUUUCGACAGCGAGCUGCUAUCUUCUUCAGGGAGCGAUAUUGAAAUUUAAAUCAAAAUACAAGUGGACAAGAAAAAUAUCACCAUUUUAGUUGUUAUUUAAAUAAAUAUUUAAGUAUAUAAAACUGGUAAUCUGCAUAAUCUAAUUAACUUUGUAAAAAUUAUGAUUACUAUGAAUACGUAAAUAAAAUUAAGUAUGUCAACUUAAAGCCUAAAUUAUGCAAUAAACCGGACUUGAGAAAGUGUGAGAGUUUAAAACCCGAUAAAAUAAUUAAAGUGUAAAUUUAAUAAGUUCUUAUUAAUAGAAUUUAA